GCGCUCAUUGUGGACUGCAACCAGAAAGAACGGAUCACACAACGGAGAGCAGAAUGGUGGCUUUAUGUUGGUAUUUCAGCUCAUUUCUCCUCCUUGACAUGGUGACCAUGACACUGAGCACCGAAACGGGCCACAGUUCAGCCAUGGAAUUCUUCAGCGACAAUGUCAUUAUCACGCCCAGGCCAGAGGCUUCCAUACAUCAACACAGUCAUCACAGGAAGUACAGAGAUCGCAAGGAGAGGAUGACAGCAGGUCAGCUCAGAGAAAGGCCCCGCAUUACUGUGUUCCACACCCAAAAUGAAGGGCCAGACCUGGAGGGCCUCAGUCCCGUCCGCUUAGAGAUGGAGCCAGGAGAUAAAAGACAGGUAAUCACUCCAAAAAAGAGGACCUCCAUGGGGUUUGAUUCUUUAAUUCCAGAGCAAAUGAAUAUCUCUCCUGGUGCUGAGACUCCUGAGAAGGCAAUGAGAUGUCCCACUGGUCGCAAUGUGUUUGGAGGGCACAUCGUUAGGACUCAUGAUGAAGUGUCUUUGGCAUCAGGGAAGAAACGGAGGCUUUCUUUUGAUCAAAGGCUCAAUAAAAACUCCUUUGGGAGUCCCACAGAGCCAGUGUUUCCUGCAGCCACUGUUGGCUCCUUCAUAUCGCCAGUAACUGCAGCAGUUGGUGGGGAGCCCUCCACAAAGCCAAACCCCUCCUGUAAACAACAGGUCGGAAGUUAUUCAGGUGGAGAUGUGAUGCCCACUUUCAACAUGGCAUUCUUCGACUGGACCGAUUAUGAAGAUAUGAGGCCUGCACACAAAAAGCAAUUUUCUAAGAAGCGAGGUUCUGACAAACAGGCCACAAAAAGCCCCAGCACUGAGCUUGUGACACUUACAUCAGAUAAGAGCUGCAAACAUCACCUAGAUUGUCUGCCAGGGUCUUGCUGCAAUCUCAGAAAACAUGUAUGUGAGCUUCACAACCGCGGCUUCAACAACAAGUGCUAUGAUAGCUGCAUGUGUGAGGAAGGGCUUCGGUGCUAUGCUAAAUUACACAGGCAUUACCGCAUCACACGCAAAAAGGGACAAUGUGUUGAUCCUGAGGGUAUAAGCUUAAACCGUGGCAUGUUCAUUAUUGUUUAA